AUGGUUGUUAGAAGCAAGGCGUGUAGAAACACGGACAUCAAAGACACAGACUACUCUAAUCCUAUGUCUCCAUACUAUCUUGGCACCUCAGACAAUCCUGGCAUGGUGUUGGUCACCACUUUGCUGAACGGUGACAAUUAUCCGAUUUGGAAAAGAGCAAUGACGAAUGCUCUUUGGGCAAAAAAUAAGAUAGGUUUUAUUGACGGCACAAUCUUGAAGCCAGAUCAAACAAAACCAGUAGAGCUUUUUGCCUGGAAGAAAUGUAAUUCAAUGGAAUUAGCUCUACUCAGACAAGACAACCUCUCUAUUUCAAUGUAUUACAUGAAGAUGAAAGCGAUCUGGGAUGAACUCUCAACUUAUAUUCCAGUGCCAGUCUGUACUUGUUGCACCCGUGGUGUGAUGAAAGAUCUAGUAGCAAAAUGCGAGAAGGGUCACAUCUACCAAUUUCUCAUGGGUCUUAAUGACCGGUUCAAUACUGUUCGCUCCAACAAUCUUGGAAUGGAGCCACUCCCAUAUGUGAGCAAGGCAUAUGCCUUGAUUACACAAGAGGAGAAACGUCAGUUGGUUACUUGGCAACAAAGCCUAACAAUUGAAGCAAUAGUUUUCCAUGUAACUGAUCAGGCCAAAGGUGGUUCCAAGAAUGCCAAUUUGCCAAAGAUCAACCAAAGCUCUGUUGUGAUCACUACAAAAAGACAGGACACAGCAAAGAUCGCUGCUACGAACUCAUUGGUUAUCCUCCUGGUUGGGAUCUAA